AUGAAUUCCCAUUGCAGGAAAGUGUUAAGAGAUGGAGAAAGCAGCAAGAAGACGAGGAAAAGAACUGGAAAAUCUGGUGAUGACGUAAGGGGGAUCAGGAAGGCUCAACAGCAACAGAGCCGGUUUCGUGCAUUAAGAGAAGAAGAGUUGCAAGGCCCACCAUCACGCACUAGGGCUAGCCUCAAGAGAAGACUCCAUGAACCUUCUUCAUCAACAAAACUCCAUGUAGAAAAGAAACUAAAUCAAGAAGAUGGGUCAAGAAAUGAUGAUGAGCCAUUGGGUGCACCAUCAAUCACUCAAUCGUUGCCUGAUAAACAGACAUUAGAGCACAUUAUCGACAUAUUGCAAAGGAAGGAUAUAUAUGAAAUAUUUGCUGAACCAGUUGACCCUGAAGAGGUUGAGGACUACUAUGAAAUCAUCGAGGAACCUAUGGAUUUUGGAACCAUGCGAGCUAAACUUCAUGAAGGAAUGUAUACUUCCCUCCAGCAAUUUGAGCAUGAUGUAUUUCUGAUAUCAGGAAAUGCGAUGCAUUUUAAUUCUUCUGGUACCAUUUUCUUUAGACAGGCUCAUGCAAUACAUAAACUAGCGAAGAGGGUUUUCCAUGUACUGAGAAGCAAUCCAGAAAACUUUGAGUCAGAAUUCUCAGGGACAAGGCGAAGAUCUUGCAGAAGAUCCCAGGAUGAGUUCAACGGCAAAUCAUUCUCAAAAACUUCAGAAAAUACUAGAGGCAGUCGAGAUGGUAACAGAUGUGAUUCCGUUGAAGCAGAUCGACGAUCCACUUACAAACCCCACCUGGACAUGAUCAACGAAGACAAGUUUCCAAAAUCCUUAGUCUAUUUAAACCACCACCAGGAGCAUGGCUACCGGAAAAGCCUAAUGCAGUUUGUGAAAGACUUAGGUCCGACUGCCCAAAUGGUGGCCAAACGAAAGCUCCAGAGCUUGUCUGGAGAUGAUGCCUCCGUCUCUCAUGAUCAUCAAACAACAAGACAAGAUCCUCAAAUCCCAUUAACUGGUCAAACAAAGAAUUGGAUCUUGUUUGGUUCUUGUCAUUCUGUCUUGAAUGAUGGAAAACAAGAUUCCACAAUGAAAACAGACACUCAGAAUCGAAUCAUCAUGAGUAGAGAUCAAGAUUCCUCUUUGUUGAGUACUUCCCAAGUUCUAAGGAUGACAAAUGGUAGAGAUUGCGAUGAAAGCACGUCAAGAGGGUUAUUCAACAGCCCAUUGAUGACUCGUGCGCCGUUGGAUUUAGGGUUCUUGAAAUCAAAGAUGCGUGGGGAAGAUGAGUGGCGGAGGAGAAUCUGAUCGUGUAGAAGAAACGUACCCUGUUGCUAAUUGCCAUAAUUGAUAUUUAAUGAUUUGACUAUCUAAAAUCCAGUUGUGUAGUAGCGUUCUUUCUUUUCAAUACAAUCUGUGAAUGAUGCG